AGGGGGAGGAUCCGAUCCGGGGAGGGGCCGUUGGAGAGGAGACCCCCUUCCCCUCGUUCCCCGGGGCCAGCUGAGCCCAGGUCCGCCCCGCAAGGCGGAGCCGGCGGCCGUCAGCUGAGCCUCCCGGGCGAGUCAGCGGCGGGCAGGGCUCCGGCUUCGUCGUCGCCCGCAAAGAGGCACCCAAACAAGCCCGCUAAAGCUUCCCGGCAACCGGGGUGCGGAGCAGGGUUGCCCCCAGCCCAGCGCGGAGACCCAAAGGGCCGGUGAGUCGGGAGCCCCCCCCCAGAAAGAACCCCGAGCAGCAGACCCCGACCCCCCUGGCCAGGUGGGGGAUGCUGGCCUGGAGCCCCGGGAAAGGGAGGAUCCCGGUUCACAAUGGACAGGGCCUUUUUUGAAUUUCCAGUGACUCCCAGUGCUUUAUCCCCUGCCUGAGGCCCACCAUGUUUGCUCAUCCUCACAAGUUCGGCUUCCCCAGCGGGAACGCCUCGGAUUGUGUCAACGGUUCGGAGUGGAUCCUGACCGUCUUCCACGAGUGUGCUCAGGAUGGCCGGGACGUCGCCAGCGUGGUGCUGGGCCUGGUCUCCAUCGCCUGCUUUGCUGGGGCUUCCUUCCCUCAGUUCUACCUGGCUUGUAAAACCGGCAUUAUGGACCAGGCCUUGUCCAUUUACUUCUUGCUGGGAUGGCUGGGAGGCGAUUCGCUGAAUUUAGUGGGCUCUUUCUUGGCCAAUCAGCUGCCACUACAGGUCUACACCGCCAUUUACUACGUGCUGGCUGAUCUGCUCAUGAUCUCUCUCUACGUCUAUUACAAAAUCAAGAACCAAAACAGAGUCUUUUCAGCUUCGAUCAAUGCCGUCUUCGCAGUCGCGGUCCUGGGAACCACGUUGACGCCCGCCUGGCAUCGAGAUCCUGCCUCUUCUCACUUGGGUGAUGGAGGGAUGUUUAAAAGCCGGAAACUUCUAUUUUCUGCAGACUACCCAUCAGGCUGGGAGCCUUUCACCCAAAGGGAGAUAUGCGGUUUUGUGAUCGGAUCCACUUCUUCGGUGCUAUACUUGCUUUCCCGGGUCCCUCAGAUCUACACCAAUUUCAAGCGGAAAUGCACUACCGGCAUCUCCUUCUCGCUUUUUGCUCUGGUGAUGCUUGGAAACUCGCUCUACGGCCUCAGCGUCUUAAUGAAAAACCCGGAUCCGGGGCAGACGGAAGGCAAUUACGUGAUCCACCAUUUGCCGUGGCUGAUUGGCAGCUUGGGGGUUCUCUCUCUUGACACUGUGAUUUCGUUCCAGUUCCUGGCCUACCGUCGGAGGAAGCUACCGGUCCUGGAGGAGAGAGACGCCCUCUUGGGCCGAGAGGAGAACCCCGUGGAGAGCUGAGCGGCGCCAGGAUCGGGUCUUGGCCGCGUUGGGAUUCCAGCAGCGGGUUUUGGAGUCCUCCUGCGACUCUAGAAAGCCCUGGCCUUUCUCUGCUCUAGAAAACUCUCCGCCUCUGGAAAGUGGCACCUUACGAGAUCCUGUCCUACCUCUCAAGAGAUUUA